UGCUAAUUUUACAUACUUUGAUACUUUGUACUACAACCAAUUAAAAUGCGUUUUGUUUGGUGAAAGUUGAGGCACUUAAAACUUUUCAUUUAAUAUUUUCGAAACAUUUUGCCUAUUUUAUUAUGAUCUCUGGUCAUUACAACCAAGAAGAGGUCAUUGUCGAGUAAAUAAAUAAAAAUGUUGGUAUUUAAGGUAAUCAAUAACCAGUACACUCGAGAAUGUUAUAAUACAUUAAAUGCCAAUUUAAAAACAAAUUUUUUUCGAUUAAUUUAUUAAUCAGUGAGAGGCGAGCAGUUAUCAUUCGGACUUGCUGUAACUGUAACUUAAGUAUCCAAUAAAGUCAUGGAAAAAGUUGAACACGUCGUACCGUACAGACACAUGUACAUACAUACAUAUAUGUAGUUAUCUUUGUACGUAUAUGUAUACGGUUGACAAUCUGUCCGUGUGUUUGUACCUACCUGUACUAGUAAUAUUACCUGUACGUUCGGAAAGUCGCUGAUGCUGAUGGUGCUAGUGUGAAUGACCACUGGACCAUGGUCGCGUCCUUGAUAACCCAUCGGGAUGAUUAUAUUAUGUGUUUACCUUUGUAUACGUAUACAGGGUGAUCUGUUUAAAAUUAAUACAGUAAAACAGUCAGAACGUUCCGGUCUCAAUUUUCGGUACAAUCCUUUAGUACCUAAUAAUAUUAAGAAAUUAAUAUGCCUUUAAGUUCAAUUUGUAACUUUGGCGUUUGUGGUGCCUGUUUUUUUUUAUGCCUUUGUAUUUAUUACUUGCGUUACUUAUGCUUCGAUAAAAAUUGUUCAUCUUGUACGUGCAGUAAUAACUAUUUAAUGAGUGGUCCCUAAUUAAAUAAUAUGCUUUUGGUAUAAUUCGUCAUUUGUAUUCAUAACACAACAACAGGUUGAAACGUAGCAGAUACAGAUGGAUUGUAAAGUACCAACCAACCAAAUAUCAUUCCUUUUAGGUGCUCGAAAUAAAUCUAGAAAUAUCUUAUUACAAAUUGUAAAAUUCCUCCCUUCUAAUGCAAAAUAUUUUUAGAAUAAAAAAAUUACAAAAUCUGCAGGUACCUAUACACUAGUGGCUUGUAGAGAAUCUAGCUUAGGGAUAUUCUAUUACAUGCAAUCAUCAUACUGUUUAUUUUAUGUCCUAUAAAAUGCACCUAAUUAUCGGAAAACCAAAUUCCUAGCUAAGGGCGAAGCGAACAGCCGGUUGUAUGUCUUCACAAAUGUAUGACGACUCAUAUGACUCUUUUUUUUUUAAAUUAGGAAUUGCUUAGAAUAAUAAUUGCCAAAGAAGAGUGUUCUGUCACUGUUUGUACUGUUUUAUGUUGCCUUGUAAGGUACAUUAGGUGCUUACAUGCAUCAACUGUUUGCAAGUUUAACUGACGACGAUGAAGCUGAAAGGUAGUACAUACUUAAGUAAUGCGCUGCGGACGUAAGUCGCACAGAGUCAGAAUUAUUUUACUCGCCAUCGGUUAGUUUAGUUCACGGUCAGAGUCAGAGUAAUGUAGGCAAUGUGAACAGUGUUUCGAUAUCGUUUUACACUCUCGUAAUUACCUAUUUUAACAGUUCAUUGCGUCUAAUGAAAAUCCAAAUGAAUCGUUUAAAACAAUAAAGCGCAUCCGAUGUGCCCUUAAAGACAAUAAUGUGUUGUCGUACUAGUGUCGUUAAACGUUUUAACCAUAAGAUUUUACAAUUAGACGAAAUAUUAAAAACUUAGUUUUGUCGCUGGAUUUACAAUUUGCCUGCCUUUUGUUCUACCGACGGUGUUAAUUUUAUCAGUUUGUUAAUUGCAUUGUCUUUUCCCGAAAACAAAAGCAACACGUUACCUGUAUGAAAAGUUCAAGAGACUUGAGUGAAUUGCAAAAGUCCAUAAAAUAAGGUAAAAUGGUAACUUGCGGGGUGGUAUGGUGUAAAAAAGACGAUCACUGGAUUCCGCUCCAAUUAAGUUCCAUCAAACUUCACGGUAAUCUUACAGAAGCCCAUUGGGCGGCAAUAUCUGAUUUUCUUCAGAAAGUUGCAAAUAAGCAUUUCAUAUUACAAGAAAAUGGUUUUAUGGAACUUACAGAAGAUCAGAAACGUCUUCUUGCGCAACAGAUAAAUCGUUCCAACUUGGAAUGCUCGACGAACGAAGUGAAGUCGUCGAAAAAUGUUUUCGGUGUCAUCAAUUCCGGUCUGAUAAAUCCUGAAACCGAUAGUGAAGAAAAAGCGAAAAGCCUAAGUGCCCAAGAAAGUUAUUUAUUACAAAUUUUGGACGGUAAAACGGAGAUAGCUGGACCGAAAAUUCUCGAAUGUAAUAAUAGUGGUAACGAAUGUAGUCCAUCGACUGAGUUUCCUGAGUCUGACAAUAAUUCACAUUUGCAAAAAUUUACGUUAAAGUUCGAAAGUAACUUUUUAAGUGAUCCUACUAAAAGUUUAAACGGCCCUGAAGAGAAUAACUGUGAUAAUCGCGAAACGGUCUUAGAAAAUAGUAACUUUUUCAAAAGCGAACAUUCCGAUACUACGUCCAACAAUAAUGUCAACGUUAUCGGGAGAUUCACUAUAGAAUCGUAUUCGAUCGAUUCAGUCGUCGACGAUAGUAGUAAUAAAAGAAAAAAUAUCCCAGAAGAAAAUGAAAAACUCUGCAGCAACGAGAAACCUUUGAGAAAAAUAUCAGGCCAGAGCGACGAGAUCGUUCUAAGGCUUUUGAGAAAAUAUUCGAAAUAUAGCAGAGACGCGUUGGAUCAAGAAAUCCUUAGUGCGGUCGACUCGUUCGCUUCUGAAGACGAUUUCAACAACCCAAGUACCACAAUAAGGAUAACUCCGGAAGAAAAGCAUUACGAAAACUGCAAAUCGAAUUUUGGCGACGAAUAUAUCGAAAAUGAAAAGAACGAAUAUCUGCUGCAAUGGUUAAAACAACAAAACAGGUCAAGGGGGUUCCUUACAGUUCCUGAUCCUUCUUACAACAGGAGGAGGCAUAGUUUAGGGAGCGACAGGAACUAUUUCGAUUGCUACGAUUCCCAACAUAAAGCGGCCGAAAGGAAAGAAGGACGAAAAUCAUCCCUGCCGCUGUUUGCAGACCUGGACUUCAAUAAGAGGUCAGGACGAAGGACUGGCGGCAUUGCGUCAACUCCCAACAGUAGAAAAUCUAGCGUUUCUUAUCCUGUCAGCGACGCGGGUAGAUUUUCCAAUUUGGAUGGCAGGAAAAGUAGCGUAACGUCGAACAGCAGCAGCUAUGAAAGCGAGGAAACGGUGGGAAGCUCGGUGACGUCUCACUGGCAAAAAAUCAUCAAUAAACACUUAGGCGGGAAUAAAUUAGAACAAAAGUUGAAGAAGCAGCGCGAAACGUGGGCGAUUAACAAAAGGAAACUCAGCACCGAUUCUGACUCAAACGAUCUGUUUUUACAACCAUGGUAUUUCCGAAAGAUAAAGCGUAUGGAAGCGGAAAAAAAAUUGCUUCUACCGGAAAACGACCAUGGUGCUUUCUUAAUAAGAGAUUCUGAAAGUAGACAUAAUGAUUAUUCUUUAUCAGGUAUGUAUGUACAUCACUAAGUGGGUGUUUUUUAUUUUUAAUAUUUUCUAAAUAC